GUCGGCUGUACGGUGCUGGACGUAACUGCCUCGGCGGCACCUCCGGGGCAACGGCGGUGUCGAAAGAGUUCCGGCCCUUGCUGCAUCGCUUUCGCAGGGAGCGACGGGCUGAGAGCAGAACCGACGUCAGGGCCAGCGCUACUGCAGGCGGUCUUGGGAUGGCAGCAGGAGCUCCAUUUGGACCACACUGGCAGGGUGCUCUCAUGCCUUCAAGCCGGCAGUGUCGGUGGCCUUGCGGCACUCCUCGGCUCGCUACAUGCUGGGGCCACGUUCCUGAGCCCAAGCGCUGAGCUCUUGCAGAAGCUGUGUGUGAGUCGUGCGAGUAUCUUGGCCUGCGAGCCCAGCGACCUCGAGACCCUCACGGCUAACUGGUCUCAGGAGAACGGGCACGCACGGCCGAAGCAGCUGUCAGCCGUUUGCGUGCAGGAGCUGACUGGGCAGUUGCCACCUUUUCAUUGGGCUCCCAGUCAUCUCCGGCUCUUGCACAUCGGCGUGGCCUGGGCCACGGCGCUGCCCAGAAUGGACGAAAUCGACCUCCAGAGUUCGGCCAUGAGCGUGGCAUCGGCGAAAGCUUGGAAGCCCCAUCGGGUCCUGUCCUCGUUCUCUCUCACGUCCCCUUUGGCCGGCUACCUCCUGGGUCACAGCGAGGAGCAAGAGAAAUCCUUUGGGCCGAACUCCUGGCCUGCGCUGUGUGCCGUAGUUCAGGGUGCUGCGAUUUGUGCCCAGCCUGUGGUUGUGGCAGCGCGUUUGGUCGUGGCUGAGCGGCUGCUGCUGCCAUUGUCCUUCUGCGUGCCAUUGUGGAUCUCCUUCCUUGUUCUGUUGGCCCUGCUAUUUGUGGAGCAAUUCGCGCGUGUCGGAGUCCUAGCCCUCCUGAAGUGGCUGCUCAUCGGCCGCUACAAAGAGGGCGAUCACGAUAUUUACAGCUUGAUGUACCUGCGUCACUGGCUCGUGGAACAC